GGGCUGCGAGGAUGAGGAGGCCCUGGCCGAGGAGGAGGAAGAGGGUCUUGCAGGAAACCUGGCGGGGGGUGCCGGGAGGCCCUUCGGGUGCCCUCAGCACCCACCUGCCCGGCCCUCGCCCCCGGCCCGGGGGGGUCCGUGGCCGAGGCAGCCCCCAGCGACGCCGGCUCCGUCUGUGGCCGCAGCUGCGCGGCUUCCUCCAGAGCUCCUGUUGUCCGUGGAAAUUUUGCUGGGAGCCGGGAAGACACCCCUGGGGAGGGGGCGUCCCGGCUCGGGGGGGGCUGGCGGGGGGUCCUCCCGGGGCUCCCCGCCAGCCCUGGUCUCUGCGAGGCGCUGGGCUGCGCGGGGUGCUGGGGCGGGAGGAAUGGGGGCCCCGGACACGGGGCACCGUGGGCUGCCCGCCCACACCCACGGCUGCGCCCGGCAGACACGGGCCCCGCGGGGGGCAGGAGGGGCGGGCGAGCCCCGGGGCAGCACCCCACGCGUGAAGCGACGGCGCGGGGUGACAGCGAAGUCCCGCAAAGGGGGUGCCGGGGUGUCCCCGUCCGCUCGGCCGGACGGCGGGGGCCACGGUUGCCCGUGGCCAGCGCGGUGUGGGUGGGGUGGCCCCGGGAGCGGCGCUGGGGGGGCUCCCGUCACAGCGGCUCUGCAGGAGGUGGCCCCGGCCCGGGGACCCCAACCUCACCCAGGGGCCGGGUCUCUGGCUGGUGGGUCCCGGGGGGGCACCCGCUCCCGGGGGGGCACAGCAGCGCCCCGUUGCCUCGCCAGCACGGGGAGCGCCCGGCCCGCGGUGCCGCGCUCUCCGCCGUGGCGCGGCGCGUCCCGGUCCCUUGCCCCGCGUGGGCUGCGAGGGCGGGGGGCGAGGAGCGGGACGUUUCCCGCUUCUGGCUGCACCGGGGACCCUCGGCGGGGCCUUGGAUUUUCCCACCUUUACAGCCGCGGAGCUGGAAGUGCCCGCUACACUACGCGCAAGAUAUUUCUUUUCUUUCUGGAGGAAGUCCCCGCGCUGCGCAGGGUGCUGGGCAGCCGCUGGGCCACCCGGGGGGUGGCACUGGGCAGCACAAAGCCGGGGCCAACCUCUCCCCCGGGGCUGCUUGGGGCUCAGCACCGUCUCUUCGCAGGAGACCCCCCUUCUCUCCCGCUCCCCCACUCUCGUCCUCCCGCUGCCAGCGGCUGCAUUCAGUGCGGCAGCGGUGCCGGGCGGGGGGUCCUGCCCCCACGCUGCACAGGAGGGACCCUCGGGGCAGAGCCACCAGCCCGGGGUCUUCCAGCCUUUGUGAUGCUCCUGCCCCGCGGCCGUUGCAGCCCUACACAGACACCGGCUUGGCGUCAGCCUUGCGGUUAGUUCUCACGGCAUUUCAUUCAUGCAGAAUACAGGUAUCUGUGCGCUUCCAUACCAGCUGACCGACGAGGUCUUUAUAACUUCAUCUUUGUCUGGACUUUGCAACACAAUCCAGUGCAGCACCAGCCUGGAUGCAGAGCCUCCGACAGCAGAAAGCAGAGGAGCUGGCGGAAGGUGUGUGCCCCAGCAGCUCACGCUGCGUAAGGCAGGCUGGCACUCGGGGGGGACUGUCCCACUGCCGCCCACCCCGGGAGGAGAAGCUCUCUGCAGGGCCCAGAGCCAGGGGCGCAGGCUGUCCCGUCUGUGCACCAGGACCCCGGCGCUGAGCCAGGAGCCUGCCCUCGUGCUCGUCCACCCUCGCAUCCCUGAUACUUAAUACCGUUCCAUUUGGGGCAAGAACAUUCACUAGGAUUGCACGGGACCCUCUGUGAUCUGCAUCGCCAUUGUUUAGUUUAAUUGUCCUAAAAUUGGCAAUAGAUUAAAAGAAAAUAAUUAUCCCUAAUUAUGUUAAUUAAAUGGCUAAUUCAUUAACGAGCUUAACAUCUUUUACUUGGACCAUCUCUGCUAUGCAAGAUUGUGCUUCCAAGAGGAAAUGCCAGGCGCAUGCUGCAUUCUGUGUAAACUAAGUUGCAGCGUGUUUAGUGCAAGCUGUAUGAACAAAAUCCCCUCAUUAUUCAGAUGACAGAACAAAACUAUAAAUAGUGGAUUGCAAUUAAAAUCAGAACAAUUACUUUUUAUCCAUUAUGCUGCCUUUUGCACAAUAGCAGCCUAUAAAAGGAAAAAGCACAGUCCUUUUAGAUCUCUCUCUCUCUCUCCCCUUAUCCAGAACUGUAGCUGGCUUGCUAAUUAGGAAGCUUUUGAAUUAGAUUAUUUGCAUGUCUGAACAGGGCUAGGGUA